AUGAAAGUUAAUUUACACAUUUAUCUUUUUUUUUUAGUUUAUAUUAUUGAAGCUGUUUUUGCCUAAAGCUCUAUUGGAUUUGUAUAUAAUUCAAUCCCAAGUUAUUCUUUUGAUGUUUAAGCUAUCAAUGGAACUUCUAAUAGAAUUAAAAUAGCAUAAUAGUCUGGAACAGCCAUAGCUGCUUUAGGUAAUGCUGGAAUAAUGAUCAUUGAUAAUAAAUUUAAUAAAUAUAUACACUAAUCGCCUGAUAAUAGCUACAUUUAGACUGUUUAAAUUACAAAAGAUGGAUCGUAUGUCAUUCUAGGAAUGAUCAACUAGGUCGGCAUCUUUUAAUUAAGCUAAAGCGAUUUCAGCAUGAAGAUGAUUAGCUCCAUUAACACUUAAGGUUAAACUAUUGUAGACAUUUAAUUUAAUCUAGAAGAAGAUAUUAUGUUUGUUCUAGGAUAUUUAGGAGUUCUUCAAUGGUUUGAUGUCAGAAACCUAAAAAACAUAGUCAAUUUAGGUUAAAUUGACUACUCUGCUAACCAAAUUCUCUUCGUAAGAGGUGUCAUUUCACCCGAUGACAGAAUUUUUUACAUAAAUGCUGAUUUUGAAGGGUUACUUGCUUUUAGGAUAGACAGAUAAACGUAAAACAAUCAACUUUAAGUAAAUCUGGUUAAGAUUUUAACAAAGUUAGCAGUCACAAGCUUUACAGAGCUAGUCGUUACUAGUAAAAAUAACUAUGUAUUCGUUAUUGACAGAUGGAAUGGCAUAUAUAUCCUUUAUGAUUUGAGUUAGUUGUAACUUAUUGGAGACGAUGCAGAAUAAAAUAACAAUUAAAAAAUUCAAUUGGUACAGUUUAAUUUAGGAAGUAAGAUUGGGUACACUUCAUCUUUAGCUAAGAGUCUUGAUGAUUAAUUUUUAUAUGUUGGUGUCAGAUCUUUAGGAAUUCUAAUUUAUAAUAUUAAUGAUCCUUUGAAUCCUUAGUUUUUUUAGCAACUUUAAUUAUCUGGGUAGUCUUUUUCUUUGGCGUUGUCUCCGAAAUAGAAUGUAAUUCCAAACGCAACUUUUGAUAAUUAAUAUAUUUAUUAUUUGAAUUCUCUAUCAGUUGCUGUGUUCUAGAAAUAAAAGCCUUCUCUUUAUAAUAAUAUACCAAAUUUGUUUAAUUUAUAGUAAUCUUAGCUAUUUUAGGAAGGCAAGGCAAUUUCUAAAUGGAGAUGCACUAUCUCUUAAAAUAGUUAAUACUUACUUGGAGCUUUUGACGCUGAUGGUUUGUGCAUUUUUAAAAUUGAAGUUAAUUCCUACACAUAAACUAUCCCUUCUAAAAUGUAGCUUGUAUAUUAAUUCAAUGAAUAAUAGGAAUAAAUUAUCAGUACAAACACAUUUAGAUAAUUUGGACCUGAUGAACCGAUCCCAUUAGGAUUUUAAAUUGAAAAUAUUUAAUUUACUAAAGGUGAAAAACACAUUUAUUUUACUUCCCAACAGAGCGAUAAAAAUGUUGUAGCGUAUAAAUUUUAGGUCAAUAUUUCUCCUGAUGGAUAGUAUUCUUUCCAAUAUGUUAAAGGAUUGAAGUAUGAUUAAGUUUAUUAUAGUGAAUAAUUUAAUAUAAGUGAAGAUGAAUAGCAUGCAGUGAUGUCAUUUGAUGUAGGAAUAGCUUUAGUUGAUAUGGUCAAUUUUGAGGUUAUUUCCAUGUACACAAAUUAGGGAGUAAUUGGAACAUGUUGUGGUGCCGUUUUAUCACAUGAUAAAAAACAUGCUUUAGCAGUUGUUAGAAAUGUUGGCUUAUUUAUAUAUGAUACUUCAGAUAUGAAAAAUCCAAAUAUGGUUAAUUAGUGGAGGACAAAUGGCGGAGAAACUUUAAUACGUUCUAAAACUGAUAAAAUUAUAUAUUUGAUAGACGGUUUUAAUGGUUUAGUCUUGUUGGACUCUACUAAAUUACCAGAUAUAGUUGUCUUAGGAAAAUUUGUUUCUUCCGGCUGGACAAAUUUUAUUUCAUUCACUGUUGAUGAAAAAUAUGGAAUUAUUUCUACUAUGGACACAGGUACUUUGACACUUAUAGACUUAAACAACAAAUCUGAUUUAAAAAUUAUAAUGAAAUCUACAAUACAAUAAUAAGACUCUUUAACUACUUGUAUAGAUAAAUCUGGACUUUAAUUUUUGUACUCAACAAAUGAAAAAGGAUUGCGUCUUUUCAAUCUUUAAAGCUAGGUUUUAAUCCAUGUUGAGAGAUAAGUUUAAUCUAUUGAUACAUAAUUGUAUAGUUUGAUUUCUGAUAGUGAUCCAUUUUAGGUUGGACUUUAAUAUCUUGUUAAAUUUGUUUUGCUUUACAGAAAACCUAAUUAGAUAAUUAGCUAAAUUUACUAUUAUCAAGAUCUAGUUUUGCAAGAUUUACCUUCUUGGAUAGUUGUUAAUAGAUCAAAUCAAAGCAAUACUAAUUUGCAAGCUUAAAUUCAAUUGAAUAUUCCAAAAGAGUGCUUAGACUCAUAAAAUGGUACCAAAAGUUUCUUGAUAAUUGUGAUUGAAACAUGCUUUUAGUUAAGCAGCACCUCUUUCAUCUACCAAAAUUCAGACUUAAUUACAACUCCAGAUGAAAGCUAGAUUAUAUUUAAAAAUUUAAAGUAAAGUGGCUAUAUUGAUGGCACGAAUUGUGCAACUAAUUUUUUUGACUCAACAAGUUAGCAAUAUUUAGAUCUGUCUCAAGCAUUUUCAGGAACUAAUAUCGAUCCAAUAAGACUUGCAACUAUUUAAUUAUAUGUUACUGAAACAUUUAAAAGGACUAAAGUAUAUAAUUAAUUUGUAUUCGAUGUUGUUAGUUCUCUGCAAUUUAAUCAAAGUUAAACUUAAUCAAUGAUAUAAGCAGUUCAAAAUCAACUAUCAGUCAGCUUUAUAUUUCAAGAUAACUCAGCAUACAAAUUUAUCUAAAAAUCAUAUCCUAACUUAGUUAUGUAUUUUAAUGAUCAAUUAACUGUUUUGAAGCUUGAAGGUGAAUUGAAGUAUGUGAAUCAAGCAUUAAGCAACGGAAUUCUUUACUAUGAUUAAAGUAAAAGCAAAAAUAUAACUUAGAAUGGAUCUAAAACAAUGCAGCUUUAAAUUGUAGAUAACUUUAACUAUAACUUAAAUUUAGAUUUUGAUGUUCAAAGUCAAGUGAAGUUUUUAAAGAUAAAAUAAGAUAUUAUUCAUCAAAAGAACAUCUAAGAUCAAGUUGAUAGAUAAGGUGCUGAUUUGACGAUUUAAUAAUCAUUCUUAAUUUAAUUUGAAUUAGAUUCUUUUGUAGAUCCUGAUUCAAUUCCUUUAACCUAUUCAUUUUAACAGAAAAUCAGUGGAUAAUACUUACCUAUUUCGUCUGACUCUUUUAUAAAAUAUGAUAAUGUUAAUCUUCGUCUUGUUGGCAGUCCUCCAUCUAGUUAUUUGUUUUAAAAGGUUUAUUUGAGAUUGGAAGUUUCGAAUGGCUACACAUCUACUUAUGAAGAUUUUUGCUUAAAUAUAAAUAAUAUGCCAUUCACAUAUGUAUUUAGUAUAUUAAUUUAAAUUCUUGGUCCAAUUGCUUUCGCAUUGGGUUUGUAUAGAAAAAGAUCUACCUUUAUGAAUCUUUAUUUUAAAAGCGAUACUAUGUACUCCACAGAAGUUGUUUAUGUAGGCUAAGUCUAUAGAAAAAAAAUAUCUAUUUUAGAUUAAGACUAUGAAAUAGCAAAUUUAUUUUUUGAAAAAUUUAUCAAGCAAGCAAAUAAAAGCUUAAAUUCUAUGAAUAAAUUGCAAUAAGGCUUUAAUAAAUCUACAAAAUCUAUAAUAAGCUAACAAAACAUUAAAAAUGAGAAAUAAUUUCCUGAUUCAUAAAAAAAUAUUGAAAUAAACAAAAAUGCAGAAAUAGCAGAAUUAGACUAACUAAAAACUCCAAAAUCUAACUAAUUUAUUGAAGAACAAUCAAUUUAAGAUAAUAAAAACACUGAAAAAUAUAUCGAAAAUUAAGCAGGUUAAAAUUUAGCAAGUUAAAUCGAAGGUGAUAAUUAAAAUACUUUGAAAAAUCAAAAUAGUAAUGCAAACUAAAACUCAAAUAAAAAUGAGACUUAAGAAUAAUAAAAUGAGUUUAAGAAUAGAAAUUCAAAGCAGUAAUCUAUUUUUAAAAAGGCGUUUACUCAAAGAAGCUCAUUUUAUUUACAAUAAAAACAGAGAGAAAAAAAUUAUUCAAUCAACAGCUAAGGAAUUUAAAGUGGAAUUUUUAAGAAUUACGAAAGCAAAGCAAGUUUAACUACAUAUUUUUAGAUAUAAGCAGAAGAUGGAACAUUUUAAAUGGGAUAAUUAUUUAAUUAAAUGAUAGAAAAUAAAUUAACUGUUCAAUACGACCUAUUAGAGUAUAAAAUAGUAGAUUACGUAGUAGAUUUGUAAGAUGAAAAAUCAAGAUUUUAUCGUUGCCUAAAAGCUAGUGUGCUAAGAUAUUUACUAUAAAACGAAAAGAAAACGUUUAAUUUUUAUUAAUAACUAAAAGAUUACUCAAUAAAAAAAGGAAAUUAUGCUAAUAUAGAUUGGUAUAGAUAAUAUGUUUCAAUAAUUGCUACAAACCAAACAGAUAAAUACGGUAUUCCCACUCCCUUUUCCAAAACAAAUCUCAAAAUCGAUGAAAUAUUUAAAGUACUCAAAGAUUUAGAAUUAAUCCCUUAAAUAGACCCAAACAACUAAAAACUCAAUUAUCUAUAGUAAAUCGGUAUCAACUCCAAUCUGCUUAUGGAAGUUUUGUUUGCUGAUGCGCUUGGAUUAGAUUUUGUUAGUGCAAAAAAUAUAGUGAAAUGCUGUGGAGAAUCUAUUCAUUUGGAAAAAAGCAAAAUUAUUUCAGUUGAAGCUUUUGAAAAAGUUUAAGAAGGAGUUUGCUUAAGCUUGAGGAGAUUAUUUAAUUUGCAAUAUAAAAGUAUGCCGAUUUCUAAAUAUAUUUCUCUACCUAGUUGGAUGAGUUAUGAAUUUAAAAAUGGUGUAAUAAUUCUCGAAGGUACUCCAUAAAAAUCUGAUAUAAAUGACAUAUUAGUGAGGAUUUAUGAUUAUACACGUUUUGUGUGUUAUUAAUUUCAUUUAAAAGUAGAGGCUGACCCUAAUAUGAAAAGUAAAGAAAGUUUUCCAGGAUCAGAUGAUAAAGAAAAGUAAAAAAAUAAAGACACAGAUUUUAUGCAAACAUAUUAAUCUCCACAAUAAAAUCCUGAACAAAUACAAUUCAAUUCUAGUAAUCAAGGAUAUCUAAACAAGUAGAAACACAUACUUGAAAUUUCAAUUCAAAAUUCUUAAAUCUAAAGCUACAAUCAAAUUAAAAGCGAGAGCAACGAUAAUCAAGAUUAAAUCGAAGAAAAUAAUUACUAAGGAAUUAAAUCAAUGUCAGAAUAUGAUUUGAAUUUGAAUUAACCACCAAUCUUUCCACAUACUCCAAGCUAUUCAAGAAACAAAUCUCCUUCAAUUUUAAAUGCCAACCCUAAUUAUUAAUUAAACUUUCCAUCAAUAUUGUUGACUAAUUAAAAAAAUUAUUUAUUUGAAAGAGACGAAAUAAAAUAUGCAAAGUCUGUUUUAGAUUAAUGA